CCUGAUUUUAUGGUCCAGUGAAGCUAUCUGAGUGUCUGAAGUGUGAGCUGCCACGUUUCUCUCAUUGUAAUAACUCCUUGUGUCAGAGCUAAUUUAGGAAUGUCCAUGAAAGGAAGUGAUUAUGUGAGGGGAUUCCUCUAUGUUGCAUGAAGCCCAACCCUGAACUUUAAACCUAUAAUUUCAAACAAUUUUACUAUUAAACAACAUGCACAGGAAGGGGUGUGAUUUAGGAUUUUCACUCCUUUUGCACAUGGUCAAAUACAAAGAUUUGUGUUAAUAAGGGGUGAGCUAUCCUUGUAUACAGAGAUGUGUUUGUUGUGUCAAUGACCUUUUAUGGAGUGUUAGAAAGAGUGUUGUGUUACUAAAGGAAGUGGUUUAAUUAAUUCCUUUAACCUUUACCCCUAGGCCUGGUCUGAUCUUUUGUGAUGUCAUUGUGGCUAUUCUCAAAUUAUCAUAUUGUCAAUUAAUAAAGUCAUGGCAUGUCCAUGUGAAUUCAUUGCAACAACAAUCUUUCCAAGUAGCAGGAACCUCCACAAUAUUAUCCCAUUUUGUACUUAGAGUUAUUUCACUGUUUAUUUGUCUUCACUGAAGUGAAUCAUGUCUACAGAUUUUGCUGUGCGAUACCCUGGGUAUUAUCCCCAUAUAAAACAUCCACUAAAAUGGAUUCUAACUUAUUCCAAUUCUCGUAAAAACAGCCAGGAUUUAUCAGCUCUUGGGGUGCUGCUAAAUCGUGUUGACCCAAUCAAGAAAAUGUCCACUCCAAUAACAAGAACCAACUUCAAGCAACAGCUACAACGUCAGCAACUGGAACAGCAAGAUCAGUUGUUUCAGACACAGAAACCGAGCCAGCCUGAUUUUUCCCAAAGCCAGAGCAUUGCUGUUCCAAGGACGUCCUCUCCAACAACAGUUCCUCCAGAUGUUCCUUCAAGUGUGCUGCAGGUAUGAUUCAUUUUAAUUGCCACUUUUUUUCAGAUAUGUGGUUUGAGUUGUUCAUCAGCUUGCUUGUGUGAGAAGCAUAACUGCAGACUAUAUUUCAAGAGAGCAAAAUAUGGUUAAGAAAACUCGUGGAUAAAUCAUGUCUUGAUAGCUGGCCCCAGAAAUACAUUCAAUGUGGAGGGAAAUGUUCUCACACGUAUUUUUCAAUAUCAUGAAGUUUGUACUUGAUUUGCCUUUCUUAGUAUUUGUUUUUUAGGGGAGUUUGCAUUUUUUACCUGGUUCAUGAUAUACAGAAAUUUUGGCAGAUUAUGAAAUGCAACUUGCAUACCUGAUAAUAUUAUAAAUUAACCUUAUAGGAGUGGUAUUUAAAAGCACAGAAUAUAAUAGCUACAAAGCAGCUUGAAUUCUAGCAUCAUAUCUGGAGUUGAAAUACAUGUGAUUUAUUUUUACAGAAAGUUGAAAUUUUUUUUUUGCAUUUUGCUUUAUACAUGCAUGUGCAUGAAACCUAGAUGUUUUGCAAAGAUCUAUAAAGAACUUGUCAAUGAAAACAAUAAUAUUGCCUUUAUAAUAUAGGCACUCAUUUGAUAUCAAAAAGACUCUCUCAAUUAGUCAUAGGAUGCUUUAUUAUUCUGUUUUUUUUUUUGUUGUUUCUCAGUUUUUAUAUUCCUAGAGCCGUUCAUGUUGAUUAUGUAAUAUUUUUAAGAAUUUGCUUGCUUGUAGAAUUAGCAACAAGCAAAGGCAAAUAAUGAAAAAGAUACUCUCUCGGGAAAUAACUCUAUCACAUUGAAGUCACUUGCCUUCUUAAUUAUUCACUGCUUCACACAGUGAACAUGUGAAACUGCAGUGGUCAUGUUCAAAGUUUGUGGUGGAGAUAUUUUGAUCCUUUGUUUGAUGUGUUGACAGAUCAUGGUGUCAUGUUCUCACAUUCACAUUUUUGUGAUUGUGUUGGAGUCCCAGGGGAACAGAUAUGAUAUCUCUUUUCUUCCAAACAUAGCAGCAUAAGAUUGACCUUUCUUGAUCAUAUGGAUCAUUUUUCACCAGUUGUCUCUUCUUCUAAUAGACUAUCUUUUUCCAUGUUUGGUCAAGUGGCUACUAUGUUGUUAUUAAGAGGUGUGCAUUAAAACUAUUUAUUUCCAAUGCCUGAUUACAAAGCAAGGUUAGGAGUCCACAAGAAUAAUUACUCUCAGAGACAAUUUUUGAGCAAAAAGUUAUUUUUUCUACACCUUUUCUAGAACAAAGAGAAUUUAUUGAAAAUGGUAUGUGACAAGGAAAUGGGGUAAUCAAACUUGCCACAAAGUAGCUCUGGUUUCCUGUUAGAUAACAGCUUUAAAUUCGUUUCUUCAGGUCAAAACCCAGCUAGAAAAUCCAACUCGCUACUUCAUCCAACAAAAACAGAAAAGGCAGCUCAAAGAAUAUCUCAAAGCACAAGGCUCGCCAUCCACGGCUGGAGAUUUAGCUAUUGCCGUGACCAGUGCAAAUCAACCGACAUUGAAUGCUAUAAACCAGCAGGCUGUGGCAGCUCUAGCAACAAGUCAUUUAAUGGGUCAGCCUGAGAGUCCUAUGGCUGUCAUGAGUCCUGAUGGGAAUCAGGCCCCCUCCGACGUGAGUAUUCAACUUGAAUAAUCUUUUCCAGGAGUUUCCAAGAGCAGAAUUGUAGAAACAUCUCUCAUUUUAUUGUGCAAGUUGUGAAAGACAGAUUGUAAAACGGAGAAGAUUUUUUGCAGAGGUUUUAUGUGAUGUGAUUGAUCCCCCCUCAAAUUUUUUCCCACACAUUCAGAAGUGAGAACUGCAUGCACAUCACAUGUGUCCAUCGGUAAUUGACUGCCCACUGAAUUCAAAGAGUUCGUGACAGCAAAUGUCAUGCAAAUCAAUAAAGUUUUUGUCUUCCUUUCUUGCUUAUUUUAUCUGAUCACACCCGAUUAUUAUUCUAGAUAUUUAGGGUCACUUUUAAUUACCUUGAGUGAACUUUAAUUCAUUGAAAAAGGACUUAACCACUAGAAAGGUGAUUUCAUUUGAUAAUAAUUCAGCUCAUCAGUGUUUUUUAAGGCCUUUCUUUUGGAUUUUUUGUUGGCUUCAUAUGUGGUUUCAUACAUUCUUCUACAUUUGUAGUCCAUGAGCAUCAGUAGUUGAUCAGAUUUGUCUGGUAGUAAGUGUUUUAACAAGUGAAUUACUUUUUAGGAUGUCCUGUGUGUAGUUUCUAAUAACUUAUUGCUUGUUAUGCACAAUUUUUUCCAUUUUAUAGUUUGACAACAUCGUGGAUGAUAUUAUAAGGUUGGUGAAAUCAUCUGUAAAUGUGAUUCUUUUCAUUUUAUAUGUUAUGUUAUUUAAGCAAGUCAGUUGUUCUUUAUGCACUUCUUAAGCUUUUACCCUUUAUUUCCCCUUGGCAAGCACCGUGAGGACUUUAUCAAAAUUUUAAUGUACAUUCCAAAAAGCUAUCAAUUGUUGCAAACUGCUUGUGGUUCUGUUUGCUUUGCUGUAUGUUUAUAAAAGCAAAAAGGUUACAUACAAAUUUAGCCUUUAAACCUCUGAAUCAGUGUAUAUGCACAGCUGUAUUCUCCACAUCUUUCUCAGUGCAUUUCAUAUGGGAGAAUUUGUUUUACAGUCAGUUUAACCUUGGAGAUUGUUUUAGUUUUUUUCAUGAUCUUUUUGGUUGAUUAAACAGUGAUAUAUUAAGGAGAAAUUAGAUGCUUGUCACUGUCAAGGGUUAAAAGGUUAAGAUAUUAAAUUCUAACCUUGAUUUCCAGUCAUCAAUGAAUCAGAUGACAGUGUGACUUGAUGUCACUAUAGUCAUGACAAGGUCAUAUGAUAGUGGUAAACAUUAUUUUGUAACUGUGCCCUUAAUUUCUUAGUUCAUUUUAAUCACACAUCUCUGAGGUUCAAGCUGAUGUUCUUACUUUCUCUUCUUAGCCUUGAGUCAAAUCCUAUUGACGACGGACUCCCUUGGGAAACUGCAUUAACUCUUGGCUCUGUAAGUUAACAGUACUUACGGUAGUUUAGUUUUAACUAAUCCUGUCUUUAAGUUAUCGGUCUUUGGUUUCUAAAAAUUUACAAAUAUUACCAUAUAUAGAACCAAAGGGGAAGUUUUUCUAAAAGUUAAACCAAUGAUUAAAUUGUGCCUCAACAUGAUUAGAACUUUUUGUCGGUAAUAUCAUUUUGGGGCAUAUCCAUUUCUGAACGUAGAAUGUCUUGGUACUUUGAUUGUAAAAUAAAUCUUCACCUGGCAUUUUGUGGAUUGGAAUGUUACUAAAGUUAACAUUGUUUUGGCUAAGUUUUGCCCCUAAAAAUGAUAAAUGAUGUUACUGUCAGGUAGCUGCUAAAACUAGACAGUCACAGUUUGAAACCUGCAUCAGAUGCUGCUGAUAUUCUAGAGAAAUAUGUACAUAAUUAUAUGUAGAUUGAAGUAGGAGAAGAAACUGUAAGAGAAUUGUUAUUAACUAGAAAAAACACUGUAAUCAGCAUCUCUGUAUUCACUUCCGUUGAACCAGAGAUGGAAUGAUUACUCUGAGAAUGUAUGUGAUUGUGCCAAAUUUACUGUACAUGUAUUUUGCUAAUCCCAAAAUUAAGAAUUUCCCCUGUUGGGAAAUAAUUAUUAGUUUGGACAUCAGACUUUCAACCCAAGGUUUGUAACCCAAUCUUGAUUUCCUGUUGUUGGGCGGGACACUUUACUCCUCCGCUGUUAUUGUCAGGGAGAGGUUGUUAGGCAAUUUAUGACAUGCUCAUAGUUACAUAACUGGUCCGUGCAUGUGAAAGGGCAUAUCUUUUCGUGAGUUUCUGCUUUGUCUGUCUGACCAAAGUUCAUUUCUUCCAAGGUUCCACAAGUUCCAACAAACAAUAUGUUCGAUUUGUAUAAUGGUCUUGGGAUGGCUCCUUUGGUAAGUUAAAUUAUUGGUUUACUUCAAUUAAUUAGUUAUCAUGAAAUCAUAUGAAAUUAUUCCCUAAUUUCACUUGUCACCAUUUGAUUACACGUACUAAUCUGUGUUCCAGAUAAUCCUUUAAUAGACAUUCAAGUUCCUUGCAUGUACUACAUGUAGUUUUCUUUGAGCAUUAGUUAACCCCUUCUUUUUUAGUUGCCUUAAUUUUGUUCAAUAAUGAAAGAUAUUACGUUACUGGAGCUUUAGAGACCUUUAGGUUCGAGGACAAAGACGACAAUGAGAAUGAGAUUUGACUAAAAAUUUUUUUCAUGUAUCCUGCAAUGCUUCAUUAACUAGUUUUUUUACCAGAAAAAUUGGCACUGGUUUUAUAUAUCUCCCAAUCCUAAAAUGAUAAAUCUUCUAACAUUUGAUAACUUGUUUCCGCCACUAAGAAAUUCCCACCAAAACUCUUAGUAGAAUGGCGAAGGCUAUCACAUUUUCCUGCCAAGAUGACACUGGUUUGUGUUUGCACACUUCUUAAGUGUAGUAUUGAGAAAAUCUCGUACUUGUGGUCGUCCAGGUCUUAAAGUCUUAAGAUCUCUAAUGACACUAAUACUUACUACUAUUUGAAAGUCCAACAGAAUUGACAAAUUUUGAUGUAGUCAUGCUAAAAUAAAUUUAUUUUCCAUGCUAGUGCAUGAAACUUGUUAAACAUGUCCGUAGAAAAGGACAGGUGGGAAAAAAAAACUUAAAAAAUUUUGCCGUCAUUUUCAAGUUACAUGUAUUUUAGUGUUUUUGAGUAAAGUCUCUCAAAGCCCUUUGAUUAUAGCUGCCUACUCCUUAGAGAAGAUAUUGGUACUAAUUUUCAUGGGCAUCAGUUAGUUGACAUUACUUUUCGUAGCUUAAUUAGCAAUGUACAUAAAAAGAGCAAGAAUUGUCAUGAUUCUGCUUCUUGGAGACUCUCAUUGUGAACAAUUUAUUUUUGGUUUUAAUGACAGCUUCAAGCUCCACCACCUUCAACCAGUUGUCCAGCUGUCAUAAAACAGGAACCCCAGGGUAAGUGAUGAAAUUAAACUUAUCGGCCUUUAGUGGAAGAGCUAAAACAAGACAUAGACGAGUUCAAGGCUCUUUUUUGGCACUGAAUGUACCCAGUAGUCCUUAAAAAAUCAGUUGGCUGUUUAAAAGUGAAAAUUGAUGUAUUGCGGAGGAGUCGAACUCAUGACUGCCCCAAAAAAUCCAGCCGCACUCAGGUAGCCUGCAUUGCAGAUGUAAUGUAACCCUGGUUAGCAGCGUCUGCAAAGCAGUGUUGAGAUCCUUGUUUUUGGUUCCCAGAGGACUCAACGAAUUACUGAAAAUGAAUUUCAAAUUUCAUUUCAAUAUGAUUGGCAAACGACAAUGGCUGUUUGAACAGGCCAGUCAUGGUGCAUACCCAAAUCGUGGCCCAGAACACAUGGUUUUCAUUAAAAAUUCUAGUAGUGGAGAAAGGUGCAACCUUACAGGAGAAUAUUUUAAAAGAGGCUCCAUGUCUGAAUAAAAAAAUGGCCUUAGGCUAUGGAAUGUUAACUGGAGAAUUCUGCAUAAUAAACAGAGAAUUCUCUGAUCUCCAGUGCCUAAUGAACACCCUGAGAACAAAGAUUUUGGUUUCGUUGACAGUUUAACCAGAGUUUAGUCAGGAGGUGAGACUUGAACUUGGGGCCUUUGGAUUGCAAGUCCGCCAUGCACCCUGAUUUCUCAACCACUCUGCCUCAAAUUUUCAUAGUAAUACAGUCUUUUUUUUUGUACCUUUUUUCAUUGCUUUUAAUGUACAUUUGUUGUCUGUAAGACCUCGUUUUUUCUCUAAAGCAUAUCUUUUGUUUAUUUUUCAGAAUUGUUGGAGCAUCAAUUUGCCAAAGACCGACAGAAGAAAGACAAUCACAAUAUGAGUAAGUGUCCUAUGUAACCUUUCAGCUCUCAUACCCCUUUUUUGCACCGUUCACCUCACAUUUCUUAGUCCAGUAACUAUGGAAAUAGGCCACUUUCAUGAUGACAUCAGUAAACUACAACUACCAGUGACGAUUCAGUUUGUCGCUUGCUUCCUUAUUUAAAUUUAUCAAUCCUACCGAGAUUUAUGAAACAACAGCCCUGAUUUGCACGUGAAAACAACAGACUGACAGUCAAAUAUCGUCAUCAUGCAAAUGUCCUAGUAUUUAUUUACAAACCAAGAUACAGUUGAAUCUUCUUAACUGAGAUACCCAAGUGUAAUUAUGGAGGUUCAUUUUGUAGAGGAAUGUGUAAGGCAAAUUAAUGCUUCUUCCAUUCUCAGGACCACAAUAUUCUGGUCACUCUUAAGAGAAAGGAUCAAGUCUUCUGAGAAAGUAAACAAACAAACAACAAGCCCUUGCUACUUCUGUUCACCCUUUUUUAUCUGUUGUAAUAGACUCUAAUGCUUGAUAUCUUUCCAUGUCGUAGUUGAAAGAAGGAGAAGAUUUAACAUAAAUGACAGAAUUAAAGAAUUAGGCACACUUCUUCCUCGACAAGACUCGUAAGUAUAAAGUUGUCGUUUUUUGAAGUUUUUACACCCCUUCUUUGUUUUCAAAAUUGACCUGUUUUUGUGCACAAAGUAUAUAAAGUUAAUGAUGUCCUAAUUUUUGUUGUAGUGAUGUACGUCAAAACAAAGGAACAAUUUUAAAGGCAUCAGUAGAUUACAUUAGGCGGUUGAAAAAGGAGCAAGAUCGUAUACGACAGUUGGAAGAGGAAAAAAGAAAUAGCGAGGAACUCAACAGAAGACUUUUACUCCGGGUUCAAGUAAGUUAACGAUAUUAAUGUAUUUUCUAUCAAGUCAGUUUUUACAGCCUCAUGUAAACCUUUUCUUUUGCGAGGGAAAAUCUGAAAUCAUGUUGUUUAUUUAUUUGUUUUGCUUUGGACUCUUGAAUUCGUACAGAAACUUAAUGUUUAGUACAGUAUCCAUGGCCUAAUAAUUUAUGCUUUGAUAAUAACUGUAAUUGGCACACAAAAAAGUCACCUUUUGCUUGAAAGUGCCUUACAUGUAUGUGCGGAAAACAAAUAAUCAAACAAAAGUUAAUUUUUUUUUUUGUAAAGCAUUUAAGAACAAUUGCCAUAUUGAGUUUUUGUUUUGUUUUGUCAAGUACAAUGUAAUUGGUUAAAUAGCACCAUGUAAAAGUAAUGCAGAAUAAGGAUAAAAAACAGAUGAGGUUAACUUUUUUGUUUUGUUUUGUUUAUUUCCCCAGGAACUUGAGAUGCAUGCUCGUGCUCAUGGAAUUCCUACAACACCUUUAACAUCAGACACAACAACAGCGCUAUUGUCAUCAAUUCUCACAGCGAAACCAACUGCUGAGGCUCUCAAAAUAAAGCAAGAACCUGUAGAAAGCAGUGUUUGUCGACCAACAUCAUGUAACCAAGAGAGCCAAGAGGCUAUGGACGACUAUUCAAUACAAUCGUCAAGUAACCCUAGCCCAAGCUCCAGCACCAUGGAUGAUGACAUGACGGACUGAGCUGCGGCGAUAUUUCUUAAUCAAUGCUUCGUUGCUCAUGGAAGCCUUCCUUGGGCACAAAUUUUCGUUUGGGCCCUAGAGUUGGUUUUGGUAACCUGUUAGAUUGAGCCCAAUGGAUUGGUUCAUAAUGGUCCAGAUUUGACUUGGAGGUGUUUCAUUGUUCAAGCAGCAGAGACAGUGCUCGCGAGUGUGAAUCUUCAGGGGCGUAGUGCGUUGAGGUGGCAACAAGUCUCAGAAGCUGUAAGAGGAAAUUCAGUCUGACAUUGUACGAGCAGCAAACAUACAUGUAGACUAACAUUGUUAUACUUGUAGAGAGGGAGAUUUGGGGUCCUUCGACAUGUACGGGCACAACAGAAACAGAAGAGUCUACAGAAUAAAGUCUUUUGGGAGACUUGUGUUUUUUUGUUCGUCUGUUAAUGUAAUCUGUAUGCCAGUACCUGUUGUAGGACCUAGGAUUUAUAGCAUGCAAACAAAAAUAACAUAAAAAAGUAAUAUAAGCUUGUUGAGUUUUAAUCGACACUGCUUCUUAACUGACAUGAUGUGGGAAUUGUGUGAAUGGAGAUGGGAAUAGGACCUGUUUUCACCAACCGGCGUUGACUUACAGCACAACAGCAACUCAUAGAACUGUGUUAAAUUUUUUGAUAAUAAUUGUUAAUUAUUCAGGAUCAUAACAUGGCAAAUGCUUCGCAUACAUAACGAAAUAUGAUAGACUGUCUUUAUCUAUGAAGUUCAGCAAAGAAAAAUGCCCUUCUGGUCUUCAGGAAUUUCCGGUUUCCUUGAUCAGGGCUGUCAUUAGGAGCCAGGAACCUGUAAUUUUGUGUGGCUGUUGGGAAUGUGAGCUUGGCUACUUGAUAUUUUCACAACAGACGAAAGUAUCAAACCCUGGCUACUUUAUUUCUGUCAGCCCUGGUCAUCUGAUCGUUAUUUUGUAAACCAGCAUACACAGUACUCUUAGAUUGGUGUGCAAAACACUUUUAAGGUCGUAUUGGUUUGUGUACUUGUUUGUAUUCAUAUUAAUUUUGUUAUGUUAAAUUAUUAUUCUCCUUUACCUAUCACAGCUUCACUGUAACAUUUUUAAAGGAAAAUAAUAAUUCAACUUUAAGGAUAUUUCCAAUUAGAUGUAAUCACAACACAGUCUCCCAGUGUUUAAAGAGUUUGUCAGCUUAUGAUCCUGAAGGUAACAAAUAUUCACUGUUAUUACUUAGAGAGAGAAAGGCAAACUGACAAAUUACAGCUCUGCCUAAGAAAGACAAUGUGCUUAAAGAUUAAUAAAUUUUAAAAAGAGUAUCUUUUAAAAUCAUUUUUAUAAUUAUUUCAUUACAAAACGAUAAGUAUAGCUAUUAGGAGUGCAUUUUAGAGGUAAUUUUGUGUGAUGUGCAGUACAUGUAGCUACGGUUAAAAUAGUAAUAUUAUCGAG